AUGGGGAAUGAUAUUGCAGUACCUGUCCUCCGUAUUCAAAAGGUUGGCAAGUGGCGUAAACCUGGGGACAUCAACGCCUUUGAGAAUGAGGUACAAUCAGGUGAUAGGCUGGAGUUCCAGCGCAGAUGGUUUAGUUGUUACUCACACUGGGGUAUAUACGUUGGUAAAUAUGAAGGGAUGGAACACGCUGUCGUUCAUUGCAGUGUAACCGAAGGAGGUUGGACAUUCUUCAAAGAGAAGACAUCAGGCAGUGCGUCUUCUGCCAGUCAAAAGCCAAAGAUACUAGCUGAUACGAUUGGGAAUAUUCUCAACGGUUCUGGCUGGGUGAGGUUCAACAACUCAAAAGACAAAAAUAUACAGCCUUUGUUUCCUGGAGACAUCAGUGAAAAAGCUAAGAAAAUGCACCGAGACGAAACGCCGAUUGAUUACAAUCUCAUCAAGAGAAACUGCGAGCACUUCGUCAAUCUUUGCCGAUACGACAAAGCCUUCAGCGAGCAGGUUAACAAGGCCGAGUGGAACAUGAUGGGAUGCUUCUUCCUGGGCUGCAUAGUGUGCCUCGCAGCUAGUCUUGUGGCUUCUUAUGCUGUGUUGGUUUCAGAUGCGUGA